CGGAUGUGACUUUUAGCACCCCCUCCUACAGCCACAGCACUGGCUCGCUGAGCAAAAGGAAUGUGAUUUUUUUGCAGGAUUUAUGUUCUCACAAGUAGCAAGGGUCAAUAAAUGCUGUUUGGAACAUCUGGAGGCGCUGCCCGAGUCUGACGACACACGGUGGAAAGCAGAUUUCAUCCCGGAGUGAAUCUAAUUUCUGACUGGCAAUGUCUUCCAUAGAUCCCUAUCAGUAUAUUAUUGUUGAGCAGCAGUUUUCACACAAGUUCAAGGUAACAGUGGUACGGGCUGAGAAUGUUACUAAGGGGGUGCUUGGAGACUUGUUGGACACGCCAGACCCCUAUGUGGAGCUGUUCAUCCCAUCUGCCCCUGAGAGCAGGAAACGGACCCGGUGCAUAGACAACAAUGUGAAUCCGGAGUGGAAUGAGACGUUUGAGUUCAUACUGGACCCCAACCAGGAGAACGUGCUGGAGGUCACGCUGAUGGACGCAAACUAUGUCAUGGACGAGACUCUGGGAACAACCUCCUACGACAUCUCCAAAAUCAAAGUGGGGCAGCCAGAGCUGGUUCCGCUCCUCAUAGGCAAUGUGACCAAGGUGUAUCUCGAGAUGUCCCUGGAGGUGUGCUCUGCCAUGGACCUGCGCUUCAGCUUGGCGCUCUGUGACAAGGAGAAGCUCUUCAGGCAGACACGACGGGAGAGGGCCUUGCUUGGCAUUAAGAAACUGCUGAACAUGGAGAAAGCGCGCUGCCUCCCCUCCUCCCUGCAAGAGGUGCCGGUUAUCGCCAUUGUGGGCUCUGGAGGAGGGUUCAGGGCCAUGGUGGGCUUCUCUGGGGUGAUGAAAGCCCUGUACGAAUCUGGGGUUCUGGACUGUGCCACCUACGUGGCAGGACUCUCGGGAUCCACCUGGUACAUGUCAACGCUGUACUCCCAUCCCGACUUCCCCGCGAAAGGCCCACGGGAGAUCAACCAGGAGCUGAUGAACAGGGUGAGCAGCAACCCCCUCCGGCUGCUCCUGCCGCAGCACGUCAAACAUUACAUCCAGGCGCUGUGGACCAAGAAGGCCUCCGGGCAGCCUGUCACCUUCACUGACAUCUUCAGCAUGCUCAUCGGAGAGACUCUCAUCCCAGAUAGAAUGGACACUAAGCUGACUGAGAUGCAGGCCAAGGUGAGCGAGGGACAGAGUCCGCUGCCACUCUUCACCUGUCUGCAUGUCAAACCAGAUGUGUCGGAGCUUAUGUUUGCAGACUGGGUGGAGUUCAGCCCAUAUGAGAUUGGAAUGGCCAAAUACGGCACCUUCAUGACACCCAAUCUGUUUGGAAGCAAGUUCUUCAUGGGCACUGUGGUGAAACAGUAUGAGGAGAAUCCACUUCACUUCCUUAUGGGGGUAUGGGGCAGUGCCUUUUCUAUCCUCUUUAACCGAGUCCUGGGGAUUAAAGACACCACAGGGGGCAGCACCAUGGAGGAGGAGUUGGAACAAAUUAAACCGGAGCAUAUUGUGGGAGAGGACAGUCUAGACAAUGAUGAGGACCUGCGGAAAGGUGAGAACCCCGAGGGCCAGGGAGGAGAGGAUGAGUACCAUCCGCAUGCCCAGGCCAGCUGGGUGCAGCGCAUGUUCACCUCCCUCGUCAGCGACUCCACCCUCUUCACCACCCGCGAGGGCCGCGCGGGGAAGGUGCACAACUUCAUGCUGGGCCUGAAUCUCAACACCGCCAUGCCGUUCUCGCCCGUGGGAGACCUCACGUGCCAGACUCCUGUUGAGGAGGAAGUGGACGCUGUCACAGACCCGGAUGAGUUUGAUCGUAUCUAUGAGCCUCUGGAUGUGAAGAGCAAGAAGAUCCAUGUGGUGGACAGCGGCUUGACAUUUAACCUCCCAUAUCCUUUGGUACUGCGACCGCAAAGGGGUGUGGACCUCAUCAUCUCCUUUGACUUCUCCGCCCGUCCGAGUGACUCCAGCCCUCCAUUUAAGGAGCUGCUGUUGGCAGAGAAAUGGGCUCGGAUGAAUAAGCUGCCCUUCCCCAAAAUUGACCCCAAAGUGUUUGACAGGGAGGGCCUGAAGGAGUGCUAUGUCUUCAAACCCAGGAAGGGCGAUAAGAACUGCCCCACUGUCAUCCACUUUGUGUUGGCCAACAUCAACUUCAGGAACUUCAAGGCUCCAGGAGUGCCCAGAGAUACAGAGAAGGAGAGGGAAUACGCUGAUUUUGAUAUCUUUGAUGAUCCCGAGACGCCAUAUUCCACGUUCAACUUCCAGUACUCCAAUCAAGCCUUCACCCAGCUGCACGACCUGAUGGAGUUCAACACCCUCAACAACAUCGAGGUGAUCAAGGAUGCCAUCAAGGAGAGCAUCCUUUACAGGAGGGAGAAUCCGUCACGGUGCUCUGUCUCCCUGUCACUCAGUGAGAUCCAAAACAAGAAGUUUCUGAAGAGGGAGACCCGUGGAGCAGCCCAUGUUUGACAGAGAUAAUGUUGGAUCCCUCCUUUCAGUAACAGUGUGACCACAGAAAUGGUUAUGUGAAGACCUAAGAAUGUGCAUGUAAGGAAAACAAGGGCAAAUUUUGCUGUAGCUCUGUGUAUGUUU